CGCUUGUAGUCCGCCAAGCACUACAUUUCCCAGAAGGCCAGGCGGCGGCCAUUCCCGGCGAGACCGUCCUGGAGACCGUCCUUGAAAGCCGGCGUAUCCCUGAAGUGGUGGAGCGAGUGUGCUGUCGUUUGUACGGCUUGUUAUUGGCGGUUGCUUCCCUUGAACUCCGGGAAUAGGAGUCCGGUAUCAGUGUCAACAGGAGUGAAUGGAUAUCAGAGCUAUCUGUGGCCCCUGGAGGGAUGGUUGGCUAUGACCCGGAUUCCAAAUGUGCUUCCCUCUCGACAGGAGAAAUCGCAGCUGCAGGAUCUGCAUCUGGGUUGGUCACCCGGGUAAUGAUCAGCCCUUUUGAUGUCCUAAAGAUUCGCUUUCAGCUUCAGAUAGAGAAACUUUCUUCCAGAAAUCCACAAGCAAAGUAUCAUGGUAUUUGGCAAGCCAUUUUGAAGAUUUCUCAGGAGGAAGGGCCAACAGCUUUCUGGAAAGGCCAUGUCCCUGCUCAGCUCCUCUCAAUCACCUAUGGGGGCACCCAGUUUGUAAGCUUUGAACUCCUCACAAAGCUGGUGCACCAUGGCACAUCAUACGAUGCCCGUAAUUUCAUUGUACAUUUUGUCUGUGGGGGGCUCUCUGCUUGCGUGUCCACGGUGACGGUUCAGCCUUUAGACACACUGCGCACCCGCAUGGCUGCUCAAGGAGAGCCAAAGAUUUACAGGAAUAUCCGUCAUGCAGUGGCAAGCAUGUACCAGACAGAAGGACUGCGGGCCUUUUAUAGAGGGCUCAGCCCUACCGUCAUUGCUGUUGUCCCCUAUGCAGGCUUUCAGUUUUCUUUUUAUAGUCUGCUGAAGAAGCUGUAUGACUGGGUUGUUCCAGCUGAAGAAAUGAAAACAGGUAAUGUUAAAAACUUUGUGUGCGGCAGCUGUGCUGGAGUCCUCAGCAAAACCCUGACGUACCCUUUUGACCUCUUCAAGAAACGAUUGCAGGUCGGCGGCUUUGAGCAAGCACGGGCUGCGUUCGGGCAGGUGCGGACCUACACUGGUUUUGUGGACUGUGCCCGGCAUGUUGUUCAGGAGGAGGGGACCCGAGGGUUAUUCAAGGGCCUUUCCCCAAGCUUGCUGAAGGCUGCUUUCUCAACGGGGUUCACCUUCUUCUGGUAUGAGCUCUUCUGUGGUCUCCUGAGUACCCUGAAGCACUCGGGUGGCCCAAAGAAGCCACAAGGCUGAUGUUAGCAAGAACAGCUGUCUGCAGGGAAGGUGGCUGAAAUCUCUUGUCAGCCUUGCCAUCGUAUUGAGAAAGAAGUGGAGUCCAGAGGAGUGUGCCUGCCUUUAGAAGAUAUGGUUUUACCUCUUUGCCAAAGUUCAGGACCCAUAUGGCUAAUUCAUUCAGUCCAAACUAAAAGAGCUAACCCUCCAAAGCUUUGGUCCAGGGCCCUUGUGGGGCUGUCCUUCCUGCCUACAGCCUGGUGUGGUGAGCACUUCCUCUCCUGUUUUCUGUCGGGCAAGCAUUAAUCCUAGGAGAAGUUCUGCAGAUAUCACAGCUGAGCCCCUCUGUUUCAGUGCUCAGUUAACAGAGCUUCCCUGUUUGCCAAGGUCUCUCCCUCCCUCUUCUUCCCACUCCCUUGUUAUUGGGGCAUUCCUGCUGCUUUGUACCGAUCUCCAGUUGACCUGCCAACAAUCUCUGUUAACUCGCCAAGGACCAUGUCUCCUUCCAACCUCCUGCACUUGUCGUUGGUCCUAGCCAAACAUUUCUAGCACUACUGAUGUUAGUCAGCUGGAACUGCACACUUCUUGGUACACACACACUCUUGAUGCUGUUAUAGCAAAGCCUGCCUAUUAGUUAUUUGGUUGUGUCAGUGGGUUCAAACCAGGCAGUGAAAGAACUGCAUCCCAACUUUGGCCAUGUCAUUUCUCCACACACACCCCUUUUCUUUCUUUCUUGUGGGCGGCCUUAGAGGGCGUCACAAUCUCACCAUAUCUCAUGAGAAAACCAAGACGAUUUUGUAAACAUAAACACACAAAUAGCAUGUUACCGAAGAAAGGAAGGCCUGCAGAGCUGUCCUGGCCUCGUAUGCCACUGGCACUUCUCAAGAAGACUGGCUUUGCCCCUAAGGGCCACCUGCCUUCUUCAGUACCAGAAGCUUCUAUGGCACUUGUGUUUUAACACACCUUCAUUUUAUUUCUUGGCCAAACGGUAGAUGUAGUGGGCCACAAACAACCAGAGCUAUGUGAAGCUGCUUUUGUUUUCGACUACAACUCCUAGAAUCCCUGGCUGGGGGAUUCUGGGAGUUGUAAUCCAAAACAAAAGUUUUCCAAGUUCUGCCAAGUCCUUGCGUUCUUACAGCACUGACUAUCAUGUUCCUACUGUAAUGUACGACUGCUGAAUAUACAGUAAAACCAUAGGAAGUGGCCCUUCUGGACAGAUGCUUAGCCUUUUAGUUUUGCACAACAAGGAAGAAUUAGACCAUUACAUGAAUAUUUGCAUAUUUUAUUCUAUUUGCAUGUCUUUUAAAUCAGUAUUUAUUGCCUAUGUUAAAUAGUACAAAGUUAACUUCCCAACACAAGUGAGAUAAAUACCUUUUUUGCAGCAGCAGACUAAUGAGAAAGAGUUAUUUAUCCAGCUGAACUUAACUAACCUUAUAUAUGAAAGAAAAUUCCAGGGGAGAAAAACCAGCCUGGAAAUAAUAUUAAUACACUUGUAUUCAGAUGUACUUGGAAAUAAGUCCCAUUGUGUUGCACAAAAGUGAGUUUAGGACUACAGGUUUGGAGUGUGUGUAGGAUCCUGGGAUUCUGAAGAAUCUCUGUUCCAAACCACAGGUGGCGUCCAUGGUCUGCUAGUAGGUGCUGGUGCACUCAACAUUGAGAACAGCGUUUAGUCAUAUAGGCAUGCUUUCAGCAUUAGCAUCUGUGCUCAUACAGUUUUUCCAGCUGGAUUUGUAAGCAGUUGUCCAUCUACAUUUCAGUUUAUGGCAAGAAAUUUCCUGCUCCAUGUUUAGGUAUCUGUUUGUAACAAGGCAGUGUAGUUCCCUUUCCCAAGCUGUUGCCUUCAAGAUAUGUUGGAUUCCCUCAUCUGCAGCUAAUGUGGCCAUAGCCCAAGGCAGAUGCGUAAGCAAACAUACCCACCUCAUGGGCAGUGAGGGAGUGAAGGAAAAAAAUUAAAAUAAAAGGAUUCCCUCCUUUAAUAGAUAAAAAGAGAUUUUACACAACCUACAAAGUUGUCAGGAUGGAACUUAUUUCUGAGAACAUUGGAUCAUGCUGUAUCAGUGGAGCGGGAGCUAUUAGAGGGGGGUAGAGGAGUUACAAUCAGGGACGAGCCUUCCAUUGAGUGCUGACUUUUAACAUGCACAACAGUGUUCUUCCUUGUAUGCCUUGUCCCAGCCACUGCCUUUUGCUCAAUGAGAGAUGGGCACUGAAAGCCCUUGAGGUACCUAGGCCAAAUGCAAAGAUUGUUUGUACUUACUGGAAUGCUUACAUUGAGCAGACCUUGUGUGUCCUUCCACCGCUUGCUUUCAAAAGUUGGUAUUCACAAGGGUCUUAAAACUCCUUCAUUAAUACUCACUUGUGGUGAAACUGGGGGAGGGUGUGUUACAGAGCAGAAAAGAGGCCAUCUAAAACCAAUUCACUUUCACCCUUGGUGUGUAGUGUUUCUUAUUGUAAUGAUCUAAGCUGGCAUGGAACUUGGCAGCUUUAGAAAAGGGUAAAAUAGCAUAUCUAAUCCAGGGGAACUUGGUCUUCCUUCACUAUUUUCAGAUGCCUGCGUUCCCAAAUAUUAAAAUGGCAGUACCUGUGGUCAGAUUGGAGCUUGAAAAUCUAUUGUUUUCAGACUACAACUCCUGGAAUUGGAAUUUGUUAAUGCUGCCUGGCAAAAUCUGGGAGUUGUAGGCCAAAAAAAGCAACUUUUUGAGUUGGAUGUACCAUCUAUUUUUACAUUGGGGAUUGACCACUGGUAACUUCAGUGAUACCCAUAAUUAGUGUCACCAUUCUGAUAUUACUGUAUAACAGCCACUGAAGGAAGUAAUGAUUUUGUUUUGUAGCUAUUUGGUAUCUCUAAGAUUAGGGCUCUUUCCUAAUAUAAUUAUUCAGCUCAUUCCCCCAGGUUGCUUAAGUAGUAAAGAAGAAUUUUAAUCUUGUGCCUUGUACUACCUCCAUAUCUAGAUGCACUUUUGUAAGCAUAGCCUUAAAGACCAGGUGUCUGUGGACCUUCACAGCUAGAGCCCAUGUUACUCCACUACUGCUGUUGCGCACACGGCAAUCUUUUAUUUCCAGAAGAUAAAACUGAUCUGCCUGUACGUCUAAAGUUGGCACAUUGGGAACUCUUUGUGCCCAUAAGACGAAUGUUCCAAGAUCAAUUGUUUAGACAGUUUUUCUUUUUUUCAGCUCCCAUUGGUUUGUCAGCAUUUAAUCCAUUACAGCAUUUGUAUUCUUUUUAAUAGUUAUAUGAUAAAGGCAAGGUCUGUAAGGAUUUGGACCAGCCUCUGUGGAAUACAUGCUUCUCUUACAAAGGAGGUAAUAAAUGUAUUUAAUAAAAAUGUGACUACUGGUG